CCUCCCUUUUUUACCCGUUUCGGCCGUCUCGUCGCGUCUCCCCUCCGACGCCCCACCGGCCACCUCUCUCCCAAAACCCACGCCGUCGCCGUGAGGAGAGAAGGUUCGCGCGAUCCGGCCGCCGCCAUGGUGAUUGCGGGCGCCGCAGCGCCGCCGUCCCGCCCGCGGAGCGCGCGGUACGCCGAGAAGGGGUACCCCAACUACGCGGACCCCAACGGGCGCCGCGCGCCUCGCUGGAGGAACGGCGGCGGCGGCGGCCAGGCGAAGAAGCCUGAGGCCCGGCGCGGAAGGAAGAGGGGGCGCGGGGAGGCUGCCGAGGCGGCGGCGGCGGCGGCGGUCAAGUUUCAGCCGCCGAUCUGCAGGUCGAGGAGGCGGCGGUGCAGGAGCAUGGGAGGAAGCGGCGCAUGACAGGCGCCGCGGCGAGCGCGACGGCGGCGGGCAAGGCGUUUCCGAUGAUCGACGACGGGGAGGAGGAGGUGGCGGUCACGGACGGCGGGGCCGACGAGCGCGGCGUCGGCAAGAGCUGGAGGCUGCGCGUGAAGGAGACGCUGCGGGUGUUCAGCAGCAACUACCUCCAUUUUGUUCAGGAGGAGCAACGGAGAGCAGAGGCCGUAACGCAAGAUCUCAAGGCAUCCAGGCUCCUCAAACGUCAGAAUCAUAACAGCCAAGUCAAUGGUAGCUACCAGGAAGCAAAACGAGCAUCCAAACGACCUGAUCUGAAAACAUUAACAAAGAUGCAAGAAAGUGGUGCUGUACUUUAUACAGAGAAAAGGAUAGGUCAUUUACCUGGUUAG